AUGGCCCAUGUUCAAGAACCCUCACCACCUGUAGUCGACGCCUCUGAUCGCAUACCAGAAGCGCCUAUUCUCGGCGUGACUCUGAGUUGUCCACCCACACUGGAAUGGGAUCGCACUCCGUUCCGCAUCCAGGCCAAGGUGGCAUACCUAGGGGUUUCAGAUAGUAGUAGUACGCACUCAGCCGAGCCUAUUACCUUCAACAACUAUCCAUUCUUCGAAGACGAGGGACUAUUCCGGGGCAUCCAACUCUUCCACUUCCACGAUGAUCACUGGGAGGUGGUUGAUGAUGAGGGCCAUGGCGGGUUCGGCAUUGCGGAUGACCCUGAUGUUGCUGUAUGCCCUGCGAAUCAUGAAAGUUUCAUCAGCCUGGCGCCUGAGGAAUCAUGGACCUUUAACAGGUUGAUCCAAAAAGAGAUGUGGAACAUUCUACCUCUGAAGACUAAGUUGGGCGACAAGUUUCGAUUUAUAGCGAGGUGA